UUGAAAAUAUGCCGGCAUCUCGGUUUCCAUUCCUCCAGUUCAAGAUUCAGAUACACCACAAAUUUAUUUCUUUUAUUUCCCUGCCACUCAUUAGGCUGACACGUUUUCUUUAAAAACUCCAAACCUUAUUACAAUGGAUCCAUCUAAAAAGGAGACUGGCUUCCUAGAUAAAGCUUUAUUUUACGUACCUAGAAAUCCUGAUCGUUACCCACCGAUUCCAUUGCCAGCACCUCCUCCGAAAAUUGAAUCCCAGUCCGAAGAUAUACCUCCAGCAGCUGAGGUUCACUUAAUAGAAACUGGAAUAAUUACCCAUGACCUAAUUGUAAAAAGCAUUAUUUUCGACGAUCAAUCUAUUAGGAAGGGCUUCGUGCGCAAGGUAUUCGGAAUCCUGCUGGUCCAACUACUGUUCACAUGUGCUGUGAUGGCUGCAUUUGUUUACCAUGAGCCCACCAAGCACUUUGUGCAAUCGAACCUCAUUGUCGUUUUUGUCGCCAUGAUUGUUAACAUCGUCGUUUUGAUAAUGAUCGUCUGUGUGGAGAGCGUGCGACGCAAGCAUCCAGUUAAUCUAAUUUUUCUGGCCAUCUUUACCUUCACCAUGUCCCUGCUCUUGGGGACGGCAUCGAGUUUAAUGGACUCUAAUUUAGUACUCGUAGCAGUGGGAAUUACAGCGGUGCUGGUGAUCGCUCUUUCCGUGUACGCCAUGCAAACCAAAUACGAUUACACCGCUAUGGGCGGAGUAAUGUUAACUUUUGUGAUGAUCCUACUCGUUCUGACAGUAUGUAGAUUUUCGAUGCCCGGAUUCGUAGAUAGCUUGCCGAUUGCUGGCCUAUGCGCAUUAAUAGCGUGCUUUUUCCUGAUCUACGACAUGCAGUCGAUAAUCGGUGGCAAUCGGGCAGAACAGUUGGAUCCCGAGGAAUAUGUGUUUGCAGCAUUGACCUUGUACCUUGAUGUGGUUCGCAUAUUUAUUUAUAUCCUUCGGAUUCUAGAGAAAUUUUAUUAGUGUAGCUAAUCUCAGAUAAAUAACCUUUUAUACUGAAAAGCCUUUGUAAGCCAGUUAAUGCAUUAUUAGCUUUAAGGGGUUAUCUGGGUCUUGACACUUCAAAAAAUUAAUUUUUUAAAACUUUUUUAUGUAACAGACAAAAACCACUUUUUUGAAGUCGGUA